GGGGAGGGGGGGGCCUGGGAGGAGACCCUGCCUCUCCCCACCCAGUGCACAGGGGACUCUGUAGGGGGCUGGGCUGCCCCUGUGCACUUUGGGGGGGGGCCUGUCAGUCUAGGGGGGUGAGGGACCCCCGGUCUCUGCCAACUUCCAGCCAGACCCACCACCAUGAACUCAAAUGUGGAAAACCUGCCGCCCCAUGUCAUCCGCCUGGUCUAUAAAGAGGUUUCCACGCUGACAUCAGACCCACCUGAGGGCAUCAAGGUCUUUCCCAAUGAGGAGGACAUCACAGAUGUCCAGGUCACCAUCGAAGGGCCUGAGGGGACCCCAUAUGCUGGCGGUGUGUUCCGCAUGAAGCUGAUCCUGGGGAAGGACUUCCCUGCUGCACCACCCAAGGGCUACUUCCUCACCAAAAUCUUCCACCCCAAUGUUGGUGCCAACGGUGAGAUCUGCGUUAAUGUCCUCAAGAAGGACUGGAAAGCCGAGCUGGGUAUCCGGCAUGUACUGCUGACCAUCAAGUGCUUGCUGAUCCACCCCAACCCUGAGUCAGCGCUGAAUGAGGAGGCAGGGCGCCUCCUGCUGGAGAACUAUGAUGAAUAUGCAGCUCGUGCCCGCCUGCUCACAGAGAUCCAUGCCCAAGUGUGCAGUGCCCGGCGUGACCCUGCUGACCCCUGUUCCUCUGCCAGUGCCCUGGGUGGUGCCCCCACCCCUACAUCUGUGGACGGGCCCAUGGCGAAGAAGCACGCUGGUGACCGUGACAAGAAGCUGGUGGCCAAGAAGAAGACGGAGAAGAAACGGGCACUGCGGCGGCUCUAGGUGCAGACACACGGACUGGGCUUGGGCGGCGGUGCAGGCAAGGGGGUCUGGCAGGCACAGAGGUCUGGCCAGCGCAAGGGGCUGUCCUUUCUCUUCCCACCUUUUUGUUACGACACUUUGCUACUGGCCCCGUCUUUUUCAGUCUAAGUUAUUUAAAUUAUAAAAAAAACCAAAAAAACCAAAAAAAAGAAAAAAGGAAAAAAAGAAAAAAAUUACUCUAUUAAACCACAUUUUUUCUA